AUGACCUUGAGCACCAGAGAGUAUUCACCUAUUUUGAAAUCUACUCUUAUCGAAGCCGAGAAUCUUCGACGAAUCGCAUUUUUUGGAGUAGCGAUAAGCACAGUUGCUACUUUAACAUGUAUCGUUGCUAUUCCUGGUCUUUACAAUUACAUGCAACAUGUUCAAUCUUCGUUACAAAUUGAAGUCGAUUUUUGCAAGCAUCGGGUCGAUGGUCUUUUCCAGCAAUACGAACGCAUUCAAACAUUCAAAGCAGGCAGAAAUGGACAUCGGGUGAUUGUGAAAAGACAAUCUUACGACUCUGUUGAUCAAGCCACGCCAAAAACACCUAAUAUUUCCGCUCAACAAAAUGUUCCAUCUUCAACAGGCUCAAAUGAUGGUGAUCAAACAAACAAAUACUCCACAAAUGAAAGCAAGGGAAUUAACAGCAACCGACCCGCAGUUUUCAAUGAGUGUUGUUCUUGCAAAACCGGCUCACCCGGUCCACGAGGGCCACCUGGCGACAAUGGAGCUGAUGGAAAAAACGGUACCCCAGGCGAAGAUGGGCGUCCCGGUGAUGAUACUGACGAUGAGAGCCCCAACGACUUCGAUUUCUGCUAUGAUUGCCCUCCUGGACCACCCGGUAUUCCCGGACCUCAAGGGCCAAAAGGAUCUCCAGGAAAUCCUGGUAAUAAUGGGAUUCUCGGUAAUGAUGGAAAACCAGGACUUGAUGGGAUCCCCGGACCACAGGGACCGCCCGGCCCAGAUGGUGAACUGGGCGAGGAAGGAAAGCAAGGUCCACCCGGUGAAGUGAACGAAGUGCCGGCUCCUCCUGGUCCCACAGGUCCUCCUGGCCCACCUGGUCCUGCUGGUGAUGAUGGUCCACCUGGCGCUCCGGGUCAGCCUGGUAUGGCAGGCAAUCCUGGUGAUAUUGGAGACAACGGAAAAGAUGGAGAACCUGGGAAGAAAGGUCAAGAUGGCAGUGAUGGUGAAGCAGGAGCGGUUGGUAAUGCGGGGGGUUGUGAGCAUUGUCCUUCACCGAGAACAGCACCUGGAUAC